GUCACAAAAUGCGACGUAGAAAGCGCCCGCUGCUAUGUCCGUUGUGAGUUGUAAAGGCUUAGUAUGCCUAUGCAUUUCGCAAAAAUUAUUUGCCGUCGUCCCAUAGAUAGAGACUUCCCAACAUGACGAGUGAUACUGACCGAUCGGAUUUGAGCCCAAUUCAUCGUGUAGGAGAGGAGAGAAGAUUCAUCUCGCAUGUUGUGAUUUCCAAAUGAAUGUCUUGAACGACAACGACAUCUCCAAUGAUUCGUGAUUUCUCAUCAUCAACAUGAUGUCUUUCUCCUAUCUUCUGCAGGCCAAUUUGGUCGCUCUAUUCUAACGCUCCCCCAUUUUUUAACACAAUUCUGUGCCCAGUUGUUUAUCUGUUUUAAAUUGACUUCUUUUGCAGGAGUUGUAUGACAUGUUUUCCUCCAUCAUGAUAUCAUGAUUUAAGAUUAAGUCCUCGGGUGCGUACGAGGAAGGUCUGAUGUUUUAGUUGUGCAUUCAUGUGCGAGUAAAAGAGAAAGACAUCAUUUGUCGUGAGCGGAGACUACAACUAUACAAUAUUAUUUUUGGCAACAAAACAAUCUUUUGUCGUGUGUAGAUUUUUGUUGUCGUUGUUGAACAUAUUUCUACCCGCUCGCUCGUGACUUCGUGAUGGUGUUUUAGAAGAAAUUUUAAGUUAUAGGUACCUAGUCUUAGACAUAUCCUCGCAAUAUUUCUAAGAGUUAAUUUUUACGCUUGACGUUGACGCAAUUUACAGUUUUUUCAUUUCCUAACAAACACCGGGCCUUUUUGCGCUCAUAUUAUCUUUGAUAUUUUUUUUCCUCUCCGAAGUCUAUGUUCGGGUUCUCAAUAUAACUUUAACUUUCGCUCGAUGUUUUUUUCUUUCUCGUUCGAUCGUUUCUGCAUGCGAGAAAAUUCGUUACCGUCUUGGUGUGAAUUUAUGAAAAUUAAUCUUGUCUCGAACUACAUCAAUCAAUACCAAUGUGAAACAACAUCAAUUUCAAUAAAACUCUGAAUCGAAUUUUUAAUAUCACUAUUAGUUCUUUCAGUUCUCGUGUUAAGUGUACUAUAGUAGAUUGAGUCAAGUAGUACAACAUCAUGUAAACUCCAUGACCUCCUAGAAGACUCUUCUGCUUGGUGACGUGCUAGCAGAGGAAAGGCUAGCAGCGGCGCGAUGCGCGCGACGCUUGAAAACACGAUUGAAGGACGCUCUCGAAGCUCCGACAGAAGCUCCGACGAGGAUGCUGGCACUGCCACGAGGAGAUCGGAUGUUCAUGUUGACGGACGAUCCUCGUCAUCAACAUUGUCGAUAUCUUCUACUACAACAACAUCGCACUGUCCACGAACGAGUACUCACCAUGAAGGGGGAGACGUUAAACUUAGCAGUGCCUCCGACAGCGAUACUACAACAAGGAGAGCUUUCAAGUUAGGAGGAGGAGAGGCGUCUACCCUUCGGGCCGGCACGACGACAAGCACUAGAAGUACUAGAAGUGUGAUGAAUGAACAAGUCGGCGGCGCCGAGUCGUCUUCGCGACGUGCUGAUGGAGGAGAUCAAUCUGUAGUCAGCCGAAGGCGUUCAGGAGAUCGAGCGCUUCUGUACCAAGUACCGACAAGCGCAGCAGAUGAUGGACAAACGUCGACGCUACAGAAUGAUAAAGAUAGUUGUACCGCUGAAACGGGUUCAGCUUUAGAACCACGAGGAGGACGAGGUAGGACAAAGCACGCAUCUAAAACUACGUCAAAAGUAACAGGUGGAGGAUCCAACUCUAGGACUCUAUCGAGUGCAGCAGCAAAGGAUGUAGGAGUCGGUGCAAGAAAUACAUACGCGAAAGUGGAGGCGACACAGCCGACGGACGACGGCAUUCGGCCGUCGUCCAGCGCGAACAUCCUGAGGCUUGGCGGCACGGAAGUGAAGAGCGAAGCUGUAGGGGACCCUUCACGCCAAAGCAUCAGGGAGAAACGAGCAGGCUCGAAAAAUAUCGCCAUAGAGCCCUUUCCCGCUCUCAUAGAGCAGCCUACGGUACCAAUGCAGUCACAAGCGAGCUUGUCGCUCCCCUCCAGGAGACUUGGAAACGAGCAAGACUGCCUGUCAGGCGUUAGUAGAAACGUGGAUGAACAGGAAAUAAUUGAUAGGAAAGUAGUAAAUGUUCGUGGUCGUGCACAACGACCGUCUUUGAGCGGUAGAAGCGCCGCUUGUUCUAGCAGCAGCUCGGCUGCACUUCUGUAUCAGCGCGAGCAGAGGUAUUUAGAAGGCGUCCAUGCCAUGCAAGCCGAAGGAGAGGGCGAGGAGCGGUAUUACCCGGAACAGGAGGAGACAGGGGCUGGCGAAGAGGGGAGAGAGUAUGCCUACGCUGAGGACCCACACGCUGUGCAGCAUCCCACACGAGAUGAAGAGGCUGACGUCGCAGCAGUGGAAUUUCAUCCGGCACCGGAAUCUAUAGAGUACACGCCGGGUUCUCCGAUAAAAGCCCGAGGCUCCGGUAACGGAAGCAAUGGAUCAGACCACAUGAGCGAUGGCUCCCCAGGAGGAGGCAACGUGUCGGAAUCAGGAUCAGUACCAAAGAAAAGGCCGUCCGUGGUCUCCGUCGCCAUGUUGAAAAUGAGCGACAGUGCACGAAAAAGUGUGGCCCAGAAUUUAACGCGGAAGAAGAAGUACGGCGACGAUCUGAUCGAAUGGUCGCUGAAUAUGUUCCACAUCGGCGGUUGGUUCCGUAGUCGGUGUUUGUACACCGUUGAAACUCCCCUCUUCGACAAAGUCAUCCUCCUUCUUAUCCUUCUCAAUUCUGCUGCCAUGGCGGCUUACCGCCACCGCGAAGUCUACAAUAAACCCAUGACACACAAAGACUGCAUCAGUUCCAACGGUACCGCCUACGGAUGCGGCCGUGACGAGGACAGCCUCAACAAAGUACUUUUAAUUACCAAAUGAAAUGUUUAAGUACCCACGGGGCUCAAUUUUCAAUCAGUCUCGAUGCUCUUUAUUUUCAACCUCCAAAAUAAACAUUUUCGCAUAUUAUCUCCACACCCUUUUUUCUCAUCAUCAAGAUCAACUACAAUCCGUUUCAACCAUACGUACGAUCAUGAGCAUGAUUAUUAUAUGUACGCUCCGACUCUCAAGAACAUCAUCUUCAUCAACACCACUUCUCACUCCAACACGCACUUACAGAUGAUCGACAUAGCGGACCCUAUCUUCCUCCUUAUUUUUAUCAUGGAGAGUCUCCUGAAAAUCAUCGCAUACGGGUUUUGCCAAGGUAAGAAGACGUACCUGCGGGACACAUGGAACUGGCUCGAUUUCAUCGUUGUGCUCACUGGUACUGCAAUACUGAAGACAUUUUUAUCGACAAGUUUUCGAUAGUUUUUUUUUUCGAUGAGUGUUUACUUAGGUUUUCCUCGACUGUGAUUCCUGCAUCUGCUAUCUCCAAGCAGAUCACUUGAGGACAAGAAAUAUUCAUUAUGCCUCCCACGACUGCUCAGGUGUUAUUUCUUGGUGUCUCGAGAAUAUGGGGAGCGGUGACGGCGAGAGCAAUGCCGGUUCAACGAUCAAGAUGUUGCGUGUCUUCCGAGUCAUGCGACCGCUUCGUUCUCUUACAACUUUACCAGAGCUUAAGGUUCUGGUGAACACAGUGCUGCAAUCGAUUCCUCGUUUAGGAUCUGUGCUGAGCAUGACCGUCUUCUUGCUCGUCAUAUUUGGUAUAGAAAAUUCAAUCUGUGAUUCGACUUUUGUCAUGCGUACAAGAAUAAAGAUGUAGUUUGUCAAAUUCCAGAUCCAUUUAUUUGGCUAUAAUUAUGUAUGCGCAUUAUAUAUAAUUCCCGAUAGGAUUUCGCUAGCACUUACAUCAAUUGAAUUCGUCCAAGCUGCAGGUAUUCUCGGAUUGAACUUGUGGAUGGGUGUGUUUGACCGUCGGUGCCGCACCUUAGGCGACGUCCGAUGGGUCACGACACCUCACGCGAGUUGUCCUUUUAGCGCCGACGAACCUGGUCGCUGGGAGUGGCCUCUCGCCACGGAUGAUGAUGGCCCGCUGAGCCGGCCAUGCGGCGGGCGAUAUAUGUGUGAAGAUACCAUCCAUUGGCAAUACUUCGGCGACAGCGUUUGCGGUAGUCUCAGCGUUUUCGACCUCGAAGACGGGUACCAACCAUCAUUCCCCAAAAGCGUGGUAACAGCGCAGGGAUCCAGUAUAACCUUCGGCGAUAAGUACGAAGCGGCGAAGUUCGGAAAGUGGUGCGAGAACAGCAUUCUCGACUCGGAUAUCGUAUCAGGCUGAGAAUUUUUAUUAUGCAUACAUUAUGCAUGAGUCCAGCACCCAUGAUCAUCGUGAAUUACUAACAACGGAUGUACUACGACCAUAACUCGACAUCAUUCCUCUAUCAUCUUCUUCCUCAUUGAUUUACAUACAACAGCCUGGGAAUUAUAGGCAGCUCAACGAUGCGAACUACGGUUUCGGAUUGACGAAUUUCAACAACAUUCUGAACGCCGUGAUCGUCAUUUUCCAAUGCAUCACCCUAGAGGGAUGGACCGAUAUCAUGUACAUGGGACAAGACGCACACUCCAACGAUUUCGCUUUCAUCUACUUCAUCUUCCUUGUGGUACGCAUCUUUGAUUUUUAGAUGUCUGGCGCUUGAUGUUUGAAUAGGAGGACUGUGGCUGUCAUUGUAGGAACUAGCGUGAAGUAGAUCUUUUCGACUUGUUGAACUUGAUGCAAAUGCACGGCCUUCUUGUGAUGUCGAUUUAUUGUUCGCAACAUUGAAUGUGUACCUUCCACCCACCGCAUCUCCUAGCAUCAUUCAGUACUGUCCACGACCACCUUUCUCUCCAUCUCAGAUCAUCGGUUCGUUUUUCCUGUUGAACGUUGCUCUCGCAGUGGUGUGGGACGCUUUCCAGGAAUUGAGCGGGGAAAAUGGCGCAAACGAUGUUGAGCUUGAUGAUGAGGGUGAAAACAACGAAGAGGAGAACGAAGACGAGGGAAAUCGUGACUCGGGAAAAGUGUCUCCCGAACAGGACACCGCAGAUGAUUCGGCGAAUGACGAGGAGAGAAAAACGAAACGCGGCGCGAGGCGGGUCAAAUCAGCGGCUCUACUCAUCUACGAAGACGAGAAAAAAUUCAAAUUCUUCUUCGAUUUAGCGAGCACGGCGUUCUUCCAGAACUUUGUCAUGGGAUGCAUCAUCUUGAACAUUAUCAUCAUGAUGAUGGACUCCUACCCGCCAAUAAAACCGCCACUCAGUACUACAGUUUUUUCAUUUUACAGUUUUAGAUGACCAGAAACAACAUGAUUGUGAUGCAACAAAAUUAGUCAUUUAUAGUCUGUCUCCGUAAAGCUUGUGUAGAAGUCCUAGUAUACAGUACGCUCCCGACGAUAGUCGGAUCGUAUAGUAUAGUAUCUCUUGAACAUCCGUGAUUUUUUGAAGUUUCGAAUCUAGUCAAUAUCACUUCAACAUCCUCCCUUCACCUCCUUCAGACGUCGUCCUGGAUCACAUGGACACGGUUUUCUCGAUUAUCUUCGGAAUUGAGAUGAUGAUAGUGCUUUUGGCGAUCGGGCCUUUGAACUACGUAAAGGAGCGAUGGCAUCUUCUUGAUGGUGUAAUCGUGGUGGUGUCGUUGAUCGAGCUCGGGGAGAAGCUGUCCGGAUCCGGUGCUGGUGGCGGUGCGCUGAAAUCCUUGCGUUUGCUGCGUAUCAUUAAGCUGGCAAAGAAGUGGGCGAGUUUCCGGUUACUGCUGCAAGCAGUGAUUCACACGGUGAUGUCUAUGGGAAACUUUACGAUUUUGCUCGUGUUGAUGAUGUUCGUGUUUGCCUUGAUGGGUAGCUUGAUCUUCGCGAACAAGUUCAAAUUUCACCCGGACACGGACGAGCCCAUCGCUGAGGACCAGCCUUGCCCCGGAAGCGACCGGCACGGAUGUGUGCGGAGAGCGCACUUUGACUACUUCUUAUGGUCAAUCGUGACGGUGUUCCAGUGCUUGACGGGUGAGAACUGGAACAUGGUGAUGUAUGACGGCAUGCGCGGCGCGGGCUUCUUCUAUUUCCUGUUCUUCUUCGCGAUGGUGGUGCUGGGUAUGUGCAUCAUUUUCAACUUGUUCCUGGCGAUCUUGAUGGCGAACUUUCAGGACGCCAGUGAGGCCAUUCGAGCGUCCGAAGAAGCGCGAAAAGAGCGCGAGCUCAUGGCCGGAGAGGACUGGGAGGACGAGGAAGAGGGCAUGGAGGAAGGCGGUAAUGGAGACGGCGAACCGGUCCAGUCAGAGGCCAUCGCCAAUGCUCCUGAAGACUCCACUCAAAAUCCGGCACCAGGCGGCGCCACGAAGAACAAGGCCGGCGGCUUCAUCGGGGCGUACAUUGACAGAGGAGAGACUGUGAGGGCCCGAGUUCGCACACCAGACGGAUCAAAGGAACGACCAGGAGGUGCUGCCCCGGAUUCUAGUGAUAAACCGGGAGACAACAGCAUUCCAACGCAGCCACCAGAAGGCGUGAGCCCCUUCUCACACGUCAGUUUAGAUAGCAAGGGCCAACCAAGAAAACGCGGCGCGAAGAGAAGGCAAGUAGACAAGAGCAAGGGAACCUACAAAGACAUCACAAAUGAGAAGAGCGUUCUCGUUAGGCAGUGCGUGCUCAUAUGCCAGCAUCAAAUGUACUGAUCUUUUUAAGCGCUUGAAUAUUCGAUGAAGAGCCGUACAUCGUUUUGCAAUUUGUACAACAAGCUGCACUACGUUAGAACUUAACCACGUGAUAAUAUUACUUCCUUUUCACAUGAAAAAACUCAAAACCAUAUCAAACUAACACCAGAUUCGAGAAUUUUAUUCUCGUGAUGAUCAUCGUUUCAUCAAUGUGCAUGGCUUUUGACGAUCCGAUAUUGAACCCGCAGCAUCCUUUGCAGGUCGCCUUGCAGUACCUGAAUAUCUGCUUCACGACUAUCUUCACAUUGGAGAUGAUCAUGAAGCACGUUGCUAUGGGAGUCGGAAACUACUGGUACACCUUCUGCGAUACUACAGAAAUUUGAAAUAUCAACUAGAGACAGCAGGUGUAGUGUGGCUCGUGGCAGAGACAAAAAUUAUAUUGAUGUAUUAAUGACUCUGUCCCCGAGUAAGGGUCUACUACGUCGACUCAUUUCUACAUUUUUACUUUCCUACGUAUCGGUAUCUAUUGCGCGAUGGAUGAGUAUGAUUUUUGGCGGCUCAAUAAGGCUAAACUUUAACACAUGAUCACGACAGGUCCAACGGCUGGAACAUUCUCGAUGGUGCAGUCGUGAUGGUGUCCGUAAUCGAUUUAGUCUUCUGGAUUAUAGCAGAAAGUAGUGGAGAAGAAGGCGGCGCAGAUAUUUCAUUCUUGAAAACAUUGCGUAUUCUACGAGCGUUGCGUCCACUGCGUGUGAUCGCGCGUAACCCCAACCUCAAACUCGUGGUCAACACUAUCUUUGCAUCGUUGCCGCAGCUCCGAACAUUGAUGGUCCUCAUGAUGCUCUUCUUCCUCAUUGUGGGUCUAGUGGCCCUCAACUAUCUCAAGGGAGCAUUUUCGCAGUGUGGCGAGUACUAAAAUCUUUUUCACAAUUCGUCUAGAAGAGUUGCAUUUUCUAUAUCUCUGGAGGAAAAUACGAGUACUAGCAUUAAUUUCUGAACAGUGAACGGUAAUGAAAAUGAUCAAGAUCUACCUUAACAGAAGCACAAAGGUUAAGAAUUGGCUACGUAGGAUAUCAUGAUACAACCUUCUGGUUCAUAUGCCUGCAACGUAAUUUCAGCAUUCAUACUUCCAUGAUCCGACAGGAAUGCAAAUUCAUCUCAUUUUCCCGCCAUCUCAGCUUCAACAUUCUCGAACUCCGGAAUCAAGUAGAGAAAGAUGGCGGCAUACCAACGACAGAGAUGUGUCUCUACGAUUGUGCUGCAGCUGAAACUUGCUCACAAGGCAGCCGAUUAAUCAAGAGGCAGGGCGCGACGUGUCCUGCAGGCAUGGCAUCAUAUAGGAGAAUGCUGCCUGAUCAUCCUGUACUCCUACUUCAUCUUUCAUCCGAACUUUAUUCUACUUAGUGAAUUCUUGCUGCUUCAAAUGAUGAUAUCAAAAUUAUCACAAGAAAAGAGAAGAUGAUCAUAGCACAUUCUAUUUGUUGAGACAAGAGAGAGGGCUGCUUAUUUACAAUUGAUUCGUAAAUGUAGUCAUGAUCAUCGUAUCAAUCUUGUUUGAUGAAACUUUCUUCAUUUUCAUUGCACUUUGUUCUAUCAGAUUUGUAUCGGCAAGUGUCCGCUAGACGAGACAGGCAGUGGCGUAUGCCAAGGCUACCAAGCGCUGGAUAAGCCCACACGGACAGAGAACGGCGUAACUGUGUCCGAUCUUCCCAAUAUGUGCGCCAAACCCGGCGUCGGCAGUACCCCGGACAACCCUAUCAAUGUGCCGGCUUUCACCGCCGACAGCCCGCUGACAAACCGUUGGCGAUCUGCGCUCGAGUACAACUUGAUGCAGUGUACAGCGUGCAAGGAACGCUAUUGCCCCAACGACGAAAUCUCAAAACAGUGCGUAGAUUUCUGUGAGGAUAUCCUGCUUAUUGGCAACUGCGUAGAGUCGUGUACAAGCCCGUACACCGAAAGCUCGCCGCAGUGCGUCACCUGUCGACAGGAGUGCGCCGCAGCUUGUUCCUGCGAAGACAACUGCGAAGCCAUGCACGAGGACGCGGCGAUGUGCAUCGAGGAGGGGUCCAGCACAGCGGGGCAAGAGUAACUCUACAGAAUACUAUAUCUGCUUAGGAUUUUUUCAAAGUCCUCUACCUUAAUCUGCCUGACAGUAAGGACUAGGAAUAGGAUUCCCCCUCGCGGAACUCACUAGCUAGCCCUGCUGUGAAAAGAAGAUCAUACUCCCACAGCAUCAGGAUCAAAGGAUAAUCUCCGACUCUCCGUCCUAGUUCUAUGCGUGAGCUUAUCCUUGCUCUUACGUGACUACACCCCACAGGUAUAAAUGGGUACCGGGAAUAUCACAAAGUUUCGAUAACAUCGGCUUUGCAAUGAUCACCCUUCUGGAGAUCUCAACAACGGAGGGUUGGGUCGACGUGAUGUACGCUGCAGUAGAUGCUCGUGGUGUGCAUAAACAACCAGAGCGAGAUCACACCGAGAUAUGGAGUACUCAAGCCUCUAAGAUGAUUUGCUUUUCUGCGUUUUCUUUACUCAUGAUCGUGCUCUUUCUAUAGAUUAUUUAAGAUUUUUUAGCACACUCUCUCUUCUUUUUCAGCCAAAAUCAUUUGAAAAAAGCUAGUACCUAGUCAACAUAUUACAACAUCAACAAGACUGACAAGAUAGCCCGUGACGACUAUGAUCUUGUGCACAACCCACUCAAUAUCUCACUCCAGGUCUUUUCUUCGUGUUUUUCAUGCUUGUUGGUUGUUUCCUGAUUCUCAACUUGUGCGUCGGUGUGAUUGUGGACAACUUUGCUGAGAUGAAGAAGGCACAGACCAACCCGGGAAGCUCACUUCUAGUUACCCCAGCGCAGCAAAAGUGGAUCAAUAGUCAGAAGAACCUAGCAACGCGACGUAUGUUCUUGUCGCUGAAAAAUUUGGAGCACUACGACAAACAGAGGAGAAACAUGUUCUUCUUCGUCAACGACGACAGAUUCGAGGGCAUGAUCAUGAUCUGCAUCGUCUUGAACGCGGUACUACUUGUUAUCUGCUUUCUAGUAACUUCAACUUCUCAAUCAGACUAACUUACCGCUAGGUAGUACGUAGAGUUUUGUUAAUACCUUACUUGUAGUUACUAAGACGUUCUUUGUUUUUGUCAUGCAGCACAAGGACUUCACUUCGCAAAUCCUUACAUUUUUCAUCAAAUAUUCCAGGUUAUCAUGGCGAUGAAGGUGUAUCCUUCGGAACCGGAUGGUGGGGAUUUCGACUGGGUGAACUACGAAAUGGGACUGGACAUCGUCAACUAUAUCUUUGCCACAAUAUUCCUUGUCGAGGCGAUUCUCAAACUCUACGCCUACCGGCUAUGGUACUGCUAAUUUUUUUGAAUACCUAUGUAUUUAAGUAUCUAUUACGAUUAAGUAAUCUUCAUAGGUUUAAUGCACCAUUUCGAAGUCAGUCGUGUGUAUUUCUGAAUACAUCCUACUUUCUUGGUAGCUCCUUGCUUCUUCAUCAAGAUUUGUUGACUCUCCAGCGGAACCUUGUUGAGAAAGGACGUAGUACGACUUGAAGCAGGCCUCAUCACCUUGUUACAACACUCCGUACUCUUCCACCACCAGGUACUUCUCCGACGGGUGGAACAUGUUCGAUUUUAGUUGCGUGAUGGCGACUUUGGUCGGUAUUUUGCUGGACUUUGUUUUCGAAGUGAAGGUCGGCGCAUUGAUGAGCUCAGUGCGUCUGUUCCGUAUUGCGCGGUUACUUCGAUUACUGAGGUUCGCGAAAGGUCUGAAUAAGAUCUUCAACGCAUUCUUGCUCUCGAUUCCCAAGUUGUUCAAUGUCGCUUGCAUCCUCUUCUUGCUAAUGUUCUUGUACGCAGUGAUGGGCGUGCAGAUGUUCGGAAAGGUGCAAUUCCACGACACACAUAGCGAGCGCGGAAACUUCCGAACAUUCUACAGGGCUUUCAUGACACUGGUACUACCCCCUAUGCAUUUCUUUGAUUUCGAUUCGUCAACAUUCAUUUACAUUUCUCUGAUUUUGAUUUCGAUUCGUCAUAUCGCUUCAUCUUUCACCAGUACCUGCUUCAUUCGUCCUGUAUCUUUACCAGUAGCGCGAGGUAUACGCAUUGAUUUAGUAAAGUUUCAUUGUAUGUAACCAUAUUAGACGGUGCAUGCUGGAAUCAAUAUUUAUAUAAUAAAUUAUUUGCUCGUCGUCGUCCUCAUCUUAUUCACUCAGAAACUCGAAUUCCUUUUCCUUGUCUUCAUCUUCUUUUCAGGUUCGUUCAAUGACGGGUGAAGCAUGGAACGAGCUGAUGCACGAACUCGGUAGAGGCCCGGAGGCAUUUGGCCGAUUGGACGGGAAGCCGUGCGUCUUAGAUUUCGAUGUGCCAACACAGGCUUCCUACGAUCUUCUCGAUGAGAAAUGCCUUAUCGACACGCCAAUACAAUGCGGCACAGCGGUACUGAUAUACUAGAAGAAGAACUAGUGGUUGUUACAGUAAAAGGUUGAGUUGUGUUCAAGAGAGCUCUUGUUAAAACGACGAGCAUCUUGUGGCUAUCUGAUGAGUAAAAAGGGUAACUAGAAGAAAGUAAAUCGCCACGUCUUUAUCUCAAGUAGUUAGAGUCGUAUCAAACCUUCCUUAUAGAAAUUGGUGAUCAUCAAUAUUCUUCACCAAAAAUACAGGGCAUGAGUUACUUUUAUUGGGUGACGUACACGAUGUUUAUCACUUUCGUCGUCUUCAACUUGGUGGUCGCGGUCAUUCUCGAGGGUUUCGAAGAUUCCACCCAGAAGUCGGAGGAUGAAGUGGUAAAUCUCGCUAUUGAUAGCUGGAAAAAGUACGACCCAGACUACAAACUCAAGUUGCCAGCAGACAGGGCACAAGACUUCAUCAACGAGCUCCAACUCGAGAUGAUGGAACCGGACGAGCGAGAACGAUCAAAAUCACUAGACCUGACAGACGCUGAAAAAGAAUUCCUAGAGCUCAAGGUUGGACCUGACGGACAGCUAACCUUCGUAGGCGUAGUGCAGGGCGCACUCAGACAGGUAAAAAAUUUGAAUUAUUCUGAUUUGCGAUUACUGUUUACCCUCUCCCUCCUAUUCAAUAUGUUUAGAUACAUGCAUGUUUCUGACUUUCAUCAAUCAUACUCCCUCACUGGGUGUACUGCCCGCAACUACUUACGACUACUCUUACCAUUGGAGAUUUCUUUCAAUUUUAAAUCCUUUUUACGUUCUGUGCUCACGACUUACUUUUGUCUCAUCAACAUGCAGAUCAUGUUGUUCGUGGUCGAAUCGCGAGAAGAGCGUGCGAAAUUAAUGGACGAAAUUAAGACCGUGGAGACGUCACUAAAGGACCCAACGGACGCGCGCACGCAGUUGUCCUCAAAUAUUCUGGGAACGCUAGGCUAUGUCUCCAACUCGGACCCCAACCCACCUCCGGAAUCCGGCCCAAUUUCGAAUUGA